GAAUGUAGGACGGUAGCUGGAAUGGGGGUAGAUAAAAGAGGUAAAGAUAGGGGGAGUUGUGGAGAGUGCGAUUGUAGUGAUUACGAGCUACCACAGAGUAAUAGCAACUGUAAAUGUGUGUACUGUGACUGUCCUCCUACCAAGCAUGAGCUGUUGGGAUACGACAAGACCGCUAGACUAACCAAACAAGUGGACAGACUGACGGACGACAACCAUUUAGCACGGAGUCCUGCUCUUUUUAACGAUCUACCAAAAGCAGGAACAUUUCCCCGCGAAGAAUGGACAAAGAUUGACGAUCUUAAACUAAACAAGCCUAUGAAUAAACCCGUCUUAUUAGACUCAACUGAGCCUCUGAAAGAAGAGGAGAAAGAAGAGACAGCUACAGAAGAUUUGCCUGUUAUUUUGGGAGCAGGGACCUUACCUACAGCUAGUCAACCAAGAGAAAAGAAGCCGGAUAAAAUGGCCCGCAGAGAAAAUGCUAGAGCUCCACCAGCAAGGAGAAGAGGGAACAGUGGAGACAGAGGUGAUACACCUCCUGGCAAAGCCUCCACCGGGGGACGGGCUGCUCGUAAGAACAGGAAGUCUGCUGCAGUGAAAUGUCACAAUCUAGAUCAGAUCAUGUCCUCGCACUUAGCUGACAAGAGAACCGCAGAACGUAUUGAUGUGAUGUUCCAGACUUAUGAUGAUGACGAUUCCAAUGAGUUGGAUCGAGAGGAGUGCGCGCAAUUAACAGGUUACAUACUGGAACAGUGCGGUCUGCAGCCGGAUAUUAUCCCUAGUUUCGUGUAUGAUGAGGCGUUUGAGAAGUACGACGAUGACGGUGGAGGAACAAUCACCCUCCAUGAAUUCAGAGAGUUCCUUAUGUCACACCUGAAGCAAUAGGGGAAGACAGGGACGGAACAUUCAUGGAAAAAACAUUUGAUAUUCGACCAAAAAAAACAGACCGAAAUUUGUGGCUAGAGUCGAUUGGUUAUGUAUUAACCCUGUAUUAAACAUAUUUUGGCUGUUGGAUAAACCGAAGUAAAAUAAGUAUCUAGAUAUUUUAAAGGUGUAAAAUCAUAGCUUUGAGUAAGUGUCUUAGAUUCAAAACUGAUAUUUUUACAGAUUUUUGACUCUGAACUUCGUUUGACUGUUGACGAUCAAUAUAAAGCAGAUCUAUCUUAGACAGGCACCAGGAGUUUGGUGAAGUGAUUCUAAAAACAAUUUAGUCUUGGUUUUAGGAAUGAGAGACUCGUUUGAUUUAAAAUGUAGUUAUUACUUUUGUUUUGUUGUUA